UGGUGCUUCUGCUCCCCCCGACGACGGUACAUGUUUUGCUACGUGUCGCGCGGACACUGCGACCGCCGAGCAGAGAGAGAGAGAGAGUUGUUGGUGAUUAGAGAGCAAAGCCCUCUCGAGGAGCAAUAAGCAUAACAGUGAGAAAAGUCACUCAGCAGGGAUCCCAUGGACUACUGUUGAUAGAAAGCAAGCAAGUGAACCCGUGCGAAAGAGAGAUCGAGGAAGCUUCCUGCAGGUGGGUAUCGUUGUAGAGACAAGUCCCGCUGGUGCAGGAGGAGGAGACGAAGAAAAAGACAUGCACCCACCAAAGACCACGUCGGCCGGCCCGGGGCCCAAAAAGAACACCACCAAACAGAUCAAGUCCUCGAGCAUGACCAGCAUCGCCGGCUGGAGCUCCCUCAUCACCUUUACCAUACUCUUGCUCGCCUGGAUCUCUGGCUUCGCAUCUCGGCUCUUUGCCGUCAUCCGCUUCGAGAGCAUCAUCCACGAGUUUGAUCCCUGGUUCAACUAUCGUGCGACAGCGUACAUGGUGAAACAUGGUUUUUACAACUUUUUGAACUGGUUUGACGAUAGAGCAUGGUAUCCUCUAGGACGUAUUGUUGGUGGAACUGUUUAUCCAGGCCUGAUGAUAACAUCUGGCUCGAUCCACUACAUCCUGCAUUCGCUCAACAUACCAAUAAACAUCAAAGACAUUUGCGUGUUUUUGGCACCAAUUUUCAGUGGAUUGACAUCCAUAUCGACGUAUCUAUUAACAAAAGAAAUAUGGAGCGCUGGUGCUGGACUGUUUGCAGCUUGUUUUAUUGCCAUUGUUCCUGGUUACAUUUCAAGAUCAGUGGCAGGUAGCUACGACAAUGAGGGCAUUGCCAUUUUCGCCCUCCAGUUCACUUACUAUCUUUGGGUCAAGUCCAUCAAAUCCGGCUCAAUUUUCUGGUCCUCUAUGACUGCCCUGUCCUACUUCUACAUGGUCUCAGCAUGGGGAGGAUACGUUUUCAUAAUCAACUUGAUUCCCCUGCAUGUCUUUGUACUCCUGUUGAUGAAUCGUUUUAGCCAGCGCCUUUUCAUAAGUUAUACCAUCUUUUAUAUUCUGGGACUACUGUUCAGCAUGCAAAUCCCAUUUGUUGGUUUCCAACCAAUUCGUACAUCGGAGCAUAUGGCUGCUGCAGGUGUAUUUUGUUUACUGAUUCUAAUUGGUGGAUUAAAAUAUUUGAGAACUUUCUUAUCAAAGUCAGAAAUAAAGUAUUUUGGUGGUAUCGUCGCAGGAAUCGCUGGUGUAUUUCUACUUGUUCUCAUUGGUUUGACCUAUGCAGGCUUUGUGGCUCCGUGGAGUGGACGAUUUUACUCGCUUUGGGAUACUGGUUAUGCUAAGAUCCACAUUCCCAUUAUCGCCUCUGUAUCUGAGCAUCAGCCGACUACUUGGUUCAGCUUUUUCUUUGACUUACACAUUCUCAUAACAACGUUCCCAGUAGGUCUUUGGUACUGCAUUAAACACAUCAACGACGAGCGUGUAUUUGUGGUGCUGUACGCCCUCAGUGCUGUAUACUUUGCCGGAGUGAUGGUGCGUUUGAUGCUAACACUGACACCAGUGGUAUGCAUGCUCGCUGGAAUAGCGUUCAGCAUACUUCUCGAUAUUUUCCUCAAAGAGGAGGAGACCGAAAACAGCGGACCGAGUCCUAUCGAGGAAGAGAGCGAGGAAGAGCAAGAGCGCAGCCCUGGCCGAUCGCUGUACGACAAAGCUGGCAAGCUCAGGAAAAUAAAACACGAGAAACCCAAGGAGAACGGUGACGGCCUUGGUAGCAACUUGCUCACUUGCGCCGUUUUGUUUAUGAUGGUUCUGCUGAUGAUGUUCGCCCUGCACUGCACUUGGGUCACGAGCAACGCUUACUCGAGUCCGUCCAUUGUACUCGCGUCUUACAGCAGUGACGGUAGCAGAGCUAUCCUCGACGAUUUCCGCGAGGCUUACUAUUGGCUUGCUCAAAACACCCCGACCGAUGCUAGAAUCAUGAGUUGGUGGGAUUACGGGUAUCAGAUAGCCGGCAUGGCUAAUAGAACAACUCUGGUGGAUAACAACACGUGGAAUAAUUCUCACAUUGCCCUGGUGGGCAAGGCUAUGAGCUCGAACGAGAGUGCGGCAUACGAGAUCAUGACGUCCCUCGACGUUGAUUACGUGCUAGUCAUAUUCGGUGGUAUGAUUGGCUACUCGGGCGAUGAUAUCAAUAAGUUCCUGUGGAUGGUGCGUAUUGCCGAAGGCGAGCACCCCCAGGAUAUUCGUGAAAGUGACUAUUUCACCGAGCGCGGCGAAUUCCGCGUCGAUUCCGAGGCCUCGCCUACCCUACUCAAUUGCCUCAUGUACAAACUUAGCUAUUAUCGGUUUGGUGAAAUUGAGUUGGAUUACCGCACGCCCGCGGGUUACGAUAGGACGCGCAACGCAGAGAUUGGCAACAAGAAUUUCCAGCUCACGUAUUUGAACGAAGCUUACACCACCGAGCACUGGCUCGUAAGGAUAUACAGGGUAAAGAAACCAGACGAAUUUAAUCGACCAAGAAUCCCGAUAACCGAACGCACGAUAAAACGCCAGGCGAGUUCAUAUAUCAGCAGAAAGAUAUGGGGGGGUCGACAUUAAUUUCUUACAGACCAAUCGAAAAAGGAAAGGCUUCGUCAAGGGUCGACCUGUUGUUGUAAAAGGUCAAAGGCUUCCGAGGAAGACGACGUAACACUAGCGACAUUCCGUUGAAUCGAGUUGAACAGUGAUUGUUUUGAAGAGGAGAACGUUACUGUUGCACUGAUUUUCAAAUUAUACCAAGCCGAUAGAGCAUUUUUCAAUCUUUGAGAAUAUGUUUUCUUACAUGCCUACUGGAUGAUUUCCCAUCAAACACAUUUUUAUUUAAAUAAGACAAUUUUUUCAUUUUUUUUAUCUAUGUUUGUCAAUUUUUUCAUGCAGAGUAUAAAAAGAAGUUGAUGUUUAUAACAUAAUACAUUUUCAAAGUGCAUAGAGAAUAUUUUUACAAGAUCUAUUGGAUGUAUAAAAUAACAAAUAAUCUAUGAAAUGACUUUUGAAUGCUAAGCAAUAUUUUUUUCUAAGCUCGUGAAUCGUGCACUCAUCAUUUUUUAUAAAGAAAAACAGUCACAACGUACCAUUAUCAUUGCAUCCGAUAACUGAUGGAGAUUUUAUUUAAUGUAAGAUAAAAAAUGGCUUAUGCAAAGUUUAGAUUAAUUGAAGCUUUUUAAAAGUGAUUUGUGCAAGCAAUGUGCUAACCUAAACAUAUAUGUAAUAUACUUUAAAUCGAAUUAAUUGAAUUAUUUCUCAAAGUUUGCACAUGUUUUUUUGUUAAGAGUGAUGCGAAUGUAAAAAAAAAAAAAAAAAAAUAUUUGUCAAUGCGAAAAAUGAACUGCAAUCGAAACUCAAUUUUAAUACUUUGAGCUUUACAAAAGGCUCGUCUAUAGUGUGUCUUGUGUACACACUUUGUUGUAUGGAGUCUUGUUAUGAGAUAAAUAUUCAAAAUAA